AUGUUUAGCCUAUCACGGAUGGAUGAUGCAUUGAAAGACGCUGUUAAAGAUAUGUUUUGUGGAAUCACAUCAGAAUUUGAAGAGAAUCGAAGUAUAAUGUCAAUUCUACAUCAAGCAGUACUGGAAGGUUCUGGAUUAAUGUAUCCGGCCAACUAUGACUACGAUGAUGAGAAUGAAAACGCUGGAGAAGAGGCGAAACACAUUGCGGAAAUCCAAAGGCAGAAAAAAGAAAAGGAAAUUGAAAUUGCGGAGGAAGUUGCUGAAAAAGCGACAGUGAAGUCAAUUGUCUUGCUGAUGGAGUCGGAUGGGUGGUUUUUCGAAGAAGAUGAUGACGAAGAAAGCAAUGACGACUAA